AUGCAUGCAUUAAUGAAGUACGAAUGGAAGAGGUACGAAUCUUUCAAUUUGUAUCCACUCACAGCACCUCUGUCUCCAUUAAAACUUGCACGCGCAGGUUUCUACUAUACCGGUACAAAUCAGACUGUUAAAUGUUUUUGCUGCGGUGAACAGUAUGAUGCCAACGAUUAUGAAGAAUUAAAUAAAGCCCAUCAAAGAAAUUCACGAAACUGCAGUUUUAUCAGAGGUGAAAGCAGUUCAAAUAUCCCAAUAACAUAUUCUAGCAGGUCAGAAGAUAUAUUUUUUGGCAGUAGGGAACACCAGGAUAUGCCUCAAUACAGAUAUCUAUAUAAUGGACCAGAAGAAUUAAGACGAUCCGUUAGGCUUACAGCGCAGACUCAAAGAACAUUAAGAAUAACGUCGGAGAUUAAAGAAGCUGGUUUUUUCAACACAGCUAAUUACCAUGUUGAAACUACAUUCAGUGUACAUUUAUGCAAGCAGAAGCAGGACAAUUAA